AGCGAAGGGAACUUCCGGGAGUUCUCGGAAGCGGCUUUUCUUUCUGACGGAAGGCUGCCUUCUCCUACCCUCGUGCGGUGACGUCUGUGCAGGUGUAGAGCGGUAUCCUGCUGGCAGGCGGGGUGGCCCAGGAAAGGACAAAUCUGGGCUACAGGUGUGAGACGAGGUUCCCCCAGGCUGCGACUGUUGGACGGGGAGGUGACCAUUCAUUUCUCGCCUGCGGCUGAGGAGCGAGGACCUUUCCAAGGUUUCCUCGGGAGCCGGUGCCCGGACCUGAAGGGUCGUCUCCCCGCUUACCCUGGGCUGCUGCCGGCCUUCUCAGAGCGGAGGGCGUCCCCCUUCUUCCACCCCGCAGCCCAGGUGACAGCUGCCAUGGCAUUUACCCAUCGGCCGGACGCCCCUGAGCUGCCUGACUUCUCAAUGCUCAAGAGACUGGCACGAGACCAGCUCAUCUAUCUGCUGGAGCAGCUGCCUGGAAAAAAGGACUUAUUCAUUGAGGCAGAUCUGAUGAGCCCUUUGGAUCGAAUUGCCAAUGUCUCCAUCCUGAAGCAACACGAAGUGGACAAGCUGUACAAGGUGGAGAACAAGCCAGUCCUCAGCUCCAGUGAACAAUUGUGCUUCUUGGUCAGACCCCGCAUCAAGAAUAUGCGAUACAUUGCCAAUCUUGUCAAUACUGACAAAUUGGCUGGCCGGACUCGAAAAUACAAAGUGAUCUUCAGCCCUCAGAAGUUUUAUGCGUGUGAGAUGGUGCUUGAGGAAGAGGGAAUCUAUGGAGAUGUGAGCUGUGACGAAUGGGCCUUCUCCUUGCUGCCUCUUGAUGUGGAUCUGCUGAGCAUGGAGCUACCAGAGUUUUUCAGGGACUACUUCCUGGAAGGAGAUCAGCGUUGGAUCAACACUGUGGCACAGGCCUUGCACCUUCUCAGCACUCUCUAUGGGUCCUUUCCUAACUGCUAUGGAAUUGGUAGAUGUGCCAAGAUGUCACAUGAAUUGUGGAGGAAACUAGAAGAGGAGGAGGAUGGUGAAACCAAAGGCCGAAGGCCAGAAAUUGGACAUGUUUUUCUCCUGGACAGAGAUGUGGACUUUGUGACAGCGCUUUGCUCCCAAGUGGUUUACGAAGGCCUGGUGGAUGACACCUUCCGCAUCAAGUGUGGGAGUGUCGACUUUGGCCCAGAAGUUACAUUCUCUGACAGGAGUCUGAAGGUGCUACUCAAUGCUGAGGAUAAGGUGUUUAAUGAGAUUCGUAACGAACACUUCUCCAACGUCUUUGGCCUCUUGAGCCAGAAGGCCCGGAACUUGCAGAUCCAGUAUGAUCGCCGAAGAGGCAUGGACAUCAGGCAGAUGAAGAACUUCGUGUCCCAGGAGCUCAAGGGUCUGAAACAGGAGCACCGCCUGCUGAGUCUCCAUAUUGGCGCCUGCGAAUCCAUCAUGAAGAAGAAAACCAAGCAGGAUUUCCAGGAGCUAAUCAAGACCGAGCACGCACUGCUAGAGGGGUUCAACAUCCGAGAGAGUACCAGCUACAUUGAGGAGCACAUAGAUCGGCAGGUGUCACCGAUAGAAAGCCUUCGUCUCCUGUGCCUUUUGUCCAUCACUGAGAAUGGUUUGAUCCCCAAGGAUUACCGAUCUCUGAAAACCCAGUAUCUGCAGAGCUAUGGCCCUGAGCACCUGCUAACCUUCUCCAAUCUGCGGCGAGCUGGGCUCCUCACAGAGCAGGCCCCAGGGGACACCCUGACAGCAGUGGAGAGCAAAGUGAGCAAGCUGGUGACGGACAAAGCUGCAGGAAGGAUUACUGAUGCCUUCAGUUCUCUGGCCAAGAGGAGCAAUUUUCGUGCCAUCAGCAAAAAGCUGAAUUUGAUCCCACGUGUGGAUGGCGAGUAUGACCUAAAAGUGCCACGGGACAUGGCAUAUGUCUUCAGUGGUGCUUAUGUGCCCCUUAGCUGCCGAAUCAUGGAGCAGGUACUGGAGCGGCGAAGCUGGCAGGGCCUUGAUGAAGUGGUACGGCUGCUAAACUGCAGUGACUUUGCAUUCACAGACAUGACCAAGGAAGACAAGGCUUCCAAUGAGUCCCUGCGCCUAAUCUUGGUGGUGUUCUUGGGUGGCUGCACAUUCUCUGAGCUCUCAGCCCUCCGGUUCCUGGGCAGGGAGAAAGGGUACAGGUUCAUUUUUCUGACAACAGCAGUGACAAACAGUGCUCGCCUUAUGGAGGCCAUGAGUGAAGUGAAGGCCUGAAGUUCUCCCGGCUAACGUUGGAGUCGUCUCUGGACACAUCCCCCAGUGGGCUGCAGGAGUUCGGCACCCAGCUGCUAACAAAGUAUCUACCAACUACCCUGCUAAGAGCUGGGAAGCCUACAACUUAUUUGGGAUUUAGAGAGCGUAUCUGAGGAGCAAAUUCACUUCCUGCACUCAGGAGAUUGCUCCUUUUUGUUUGUGAAAUACAACUCCUGCUGAUAAGAUAUGAAAGGGAAAAGAGGUAUCCUUUGCUAAUUCCUUUUUGAAUAUCAUUGUAAAUAAAGCCUAUCUCUACUCUCUGAUGUAAUAUGUUUGUAGUUCUGGACAUGUACUUUCAUUUAAUUAGGGAAGCCACAGUGGGGCUUUACACAGGGGCUUCGUAUGCUCUGGGUUUGAUCUUCCUUGUAAAAGUCACUAAACUGCCUUAUUCUGGAGUUUCCUCGGCAUAAAAUGAGGGGGAUGAACUAGAUGACCAGCAGGCACACUUCCAGUUCUAAAAUUCUGUAACUGAUUUCGCUUGAGAGAAAAUAAGUGUGGAGAUGUUUUAAUAAGGAGGCACUUUAGUAAAAAAAAAAAAAAAAAAAAUUUUUUUUUUUUUUUUGUUUUAAGUGUUGUGUUUAUUAUUGCAGGAUGAAAGAUUGUGUCCCUUGCCAGCAAUUUCAGGCAUCAGCAAACCAGCGUCUUCCUAGUGCCGACUCCAGUGGCCCUUCUCUCUCUUUACCUUUUACAAACUGAAAAUAUAACCACAUGUAUUGGUCUCUUUUCAGUCCUCUUCUAACUUGAUCUCAGAGAUAACCAACUUUUCCUUCUUGAACAUGUCUUCUUCAGCUUCCAUGAUAAUCCUUCUCAGCCUACAGCCUCCUAAGUUGUACUUCCGUCUCCAUUGAUGACUCCUCUCCCCAUCCCUGCAUGUUGAAAUCUCCCAAGGUUCUGCCUUUGCCCUCUUCUUUCUCUCUCACUUGUUGUCAUCCACUUCCAGAUUUCCAGCUUCCACCUCACUCCUGAGUUUCUCGUUAGUAUUUCUAACCUAGCUAGUUAUGCCACUUCAAACUCAAAGUGUCUAAAAUAAACUCUUAAACUGAGCCUCCUGUUCCUGUUGCCAUCCCUAAACCUGCUCCUCUUCCUGUAUUCUCUAUCUUAAUUGACACUAUCACCAUCUACCCAAGUUUUGUUCAUGCAAUAAAUCGUAUCCUUGACCUCAGGUUUUUUUUCUUUUUAUCCCCCAUGUUCAGUUGGUUACCCUGUCCUAAUGGUUCUUAUUUCCAAAUGCUUCUAGUUGAUCCUUUCCUCACCACCCCACAGCAGAGGACCUCGUUGUCUCCUGCCUGGUGUUUUGCAAGACUGUCCCUUCCAGUUAGUUGCUCUGCCUCCCAUCUGCUCCUCACUCCACAGCACUGCCACUCACUAAAAGAAAAUCAGAGUCUGUGCUGUUGGGCAUCUCAAGUAUUCUUUCCAUAGAAGAAUGAUAAUGCUGUAUCAGUGCACAUUCCAAGGAAAAGGCAUACCUCAAAUAUCCAGCUAUAAUUUUGCAGUGCUACGUAAAGUAGAGAGACAAUGGAAAAAAAGGAAAACCGUUAACAAGAUAGAUUGACAUAGUGGCUGUAACAAUGGGCUCAAACAAAGCAACAAUUGUGAGGAUGGUGCAGGACCAAGCAGCUUUGUUCUGUUGUACAUGGGGUCACUAUGGGUCGGAACUGACUCAAUGGCACCUAGCAACAACAAAUGUCAAGCUAGUGUGCAAGAUCAGACACUGUUGACAGGGCUGUUAGUUUGCAGAAAGAAUAUGCAACAGUCAGAAAAAGAUCCUAUGACCAAGCGAUAAACAGUGGCGGUACAUUGCGCUUACAUUCUGAACCAGUGCUGUCCAAUAGAAAUAUAAUGCAAGCUGCAUACGUAAUUUUAAAUAUUCAGAUAGCCAUGUUAAAAAAAAAAUUGGUGAAUUUGAUUUUAAUAAGAUAUUUUACUUAACUCGUAGCUGAAAUAUGUCAGCAUAUGAUCGAUAUAAAAAUUAUGAAGGAGCUAGUUUACAUUCUAAUUUUCAUACUAAGUCUUUAGUGGAAGUCUGGCAUGUAUUUUACAUUUAUAGCAUAUCCCAAGUGCCAGUAGCCACAUGUGGCCAGCGUGUUGGACAGCACAGGUCUAGAAGAACAGAAAAUGAGGAAGAACCAGAGGUUGUACUCUCUCCACAAAGAUGGAGUAGAUUAGAGGCACAAAAUUCUCAGGAGUAACAGCCAUCCGAUUUAGUAUACUAACUUCUACAUCAGUUUUGUGUGUGUUCAGCAUUAAAAUACUGCAAGGAGUAUGGCCAUAUGGAUACAUUUGGUCUGGCUUCUUAUCUCACAACUAAAAAUGAAACAUUGGGGUAACAACAAAAGCUGUGGAUUUCGGCUUCAUUGAUAAAAAAGCUGAACAAAUCCAACAUCUGUUACUGUUUUCUUUAGGAAUAAACUUAAUAAACAGCAAAGUGUAGCAGUUACAAGUAAUUAGUUUUAUCUAAGAGGAAAAAUAUUUUUAUGCAUGUAUACUGGAUAAACAUACCAAAACAAGUCUUGAACAAAAUACUGCCAGGUCGACUUGAACAUUUUCAUAACUGGCUCCUGCUGAUAACCGAGACAUGCAAACAGUCAUUACAAUUUGAUCGUACUUGGUUACUGGGACUUUUUUUUCCCAUCAGUUUUGUGCCUGAAGAUGCUAUGCAGCCAGGUCUGGCUGUUUUGCAAUGCCCUGAUAAGGAAAGAGCAGUUCUGACACAAUGAAAAAAUCAAACCAGUUGAAUUUGACUUAAAUAUUUUAAAGUUACUUCUGUUAAAAUCUUAGAGGAAAAAAACUACUAUGGUACUAACCGUUAAAGAUUGAUACUGUGUGAAUUAAUUCCCAAUCUAACAAAAUCACUCGAAAAUUACAAGCCCUUACCAAACAAACAAUAAAACUGUAAGGCAUAGCAACCACUUUCCAGGUACAUUA